GCAGGCGCAAACCCACAGCUACUUCCGGGACCAAGCCUCGCGUUUCUUAGGGGUAAAUCCCGCGGAAGAUUCUCAGAGCGACGAUGGCUACAUACAGCCUGGCGAACGAGCGACUACGCGCCUUGGAAGAGAUCGAACGCGAAAUUGGCGCCAUCCUUCAAAAUGCAGGUACUGUGAUCCUAGAAUUGUCCAAGGAAAAAACCAAUGAGCGGCUCCUAGACCGGCAGGCGGCGGCCUUCACCGCUUCAGUGCAACACGUGGAGGCGGAGCUGUCGGCCCAGAUCCGCUACCUCACUCAGGUGGCCACAGGGCAGCCCCAUGAGGGCUCCAGCUACUCUUCAAGGAAGGACUGUCAGAUGGCUCUGAAGCGAGUGGAUUAUGCCCGCCUCAAGCUCAGUGAUGUGGCCCGAACCUGUGAGCAGAUGCUGGAGAACUAGGCCAAGGCGGUGGAUGAAGAGCUUGGAGGGAAAUCAUGACCUGCACUGUGGGACAAAUCCUGGGAACGUGUAGGAUGGGGACCACAGGCUGACAGGUACAUGCUCUGCUGAUCAGAGUAUGCUAGAACAAAGGGGCAAAAGGUGGGAAUGGAGAAACUAAAGCCCAGGCCUGCCCACAGCUGUGCCCUGGCUUCUCCAGCAGGGUGCUCCUGCUCUGCACUCUACAGGCAUGCUGAGAGGCCCAGACAGGAGACGGAGAAUCAGACACCCAACCCAUUUCCUCACACACUUCAUGCUGCUGCCCCAGGCUCCCCGCAGACUUGGCCCAGCGAAGAUACAUUCUUUGUUGGAAGAGAUGAAAAUAAGAACUAAGGGUUUUAAUAAUAAAAACAUUAACAAUAAAAACAAGAACA